AUGAAAAGUUUAUUCUACCUUCCCUUCUCACACACUCACCAAGGAAUCACGCAAUUGCGCAAGUAUAUUCACUCGCAACACGUCGUUGCAAAACCUCAAGCACCGUUGGCUUCUGUAGCCAGUACCAGUUUACUUUCCACUCCGAGUCAAACCAAUUUAUGUGCUUCCACUGCUGGGACCUUGCGUUCGGUUAACCGACACUAUCUAGUCGGUCUAUUGGCCCAGGCCCUGUCAUCAACUUACCUCGGGUUGUUGGUUUAUGCACUACACACCCGAGAUGCAUGUGUACUGUAUCGGUUAGCUUCUGCCCGUUUGGAUAGUGCCACUUGGGGCAAAGUGUUCGGUGGGACGUAUCGUGCGAAACCCACACGUCCUAGUGCACCACCUGCUCCAGCUGGUUCCACGGCUCCUGGGUUGCCUCGACCACCCCGGCCAGAGAGGCCCACGCCAAUUUUGCGAGCCCCUCCUGGGACUAAUCAAAAAGAAAAGAAUACUGAACCUGCGCCAGCCUCUCUCGACGAUUCAGAACCUCCGGAUAACAGCUAUGAUAGCUAUUCAGAGGCACUUGCAAAACAACAGCGUCGAAUUCGGCGAUUAGCGCGUCGAAUGGAACGCAGUCAUGCUGCUGGAGCUAAGCGUGAAGCACAGCGGCGUGCAAAAGAAGCACUUAGGCGCCGCCUGGCACGUCACACGGGCGUGUUGAAUCAAAGUGAUGAUGAAGAUGAAAAAACGGGUGGAACCGUUCCAUCUGUUGAAGAACUUUACCCAGAAUUGGUGGAAAAAGGACGAUUACAGGCAGAAUUGAGUGCGGUUAAAUCUACCGCGAUUGCAAUCAGGUUGCCUCGACGCUGGAUCUUACGCCGGCUGCAUCUAGACUCUGACUUUGGUGAAUCACAGUUUCACGCUACUAGCGUGGAUUUAAAUGAUUGGAUGAGUUUAUCCGGGCCUGGAUGCGCUAGCGACGACGACCUUUCUGGGAGUGACGACCCUGACUGCCAGGGUGAUUUCAAGCAAUCAGUCGGGGCACUUAAUGGUCGUGGCGGUCAAUGGGAAGUUCAGCGUCAAUGGGCGAAAGGUGACAGUUAUGCCUGGCGUCUGAUGCGCCUUGGAAUUAUUCACUUGGCCAAACGGGAACUGGAACGUUUGGUUCAACUACUGGACUUUGGGUCAGAUGAUUUGGCUGUAUACGCACCAGCGUUAGUCACAGCCACACGAUUGGUCGAUACGUGGAUGGUCGGUUAUCGCCUGGAAUUGACCUCUCCACCUGCUCUGACCUCACGUGACCUUGCCAGGGGAAGUUUGAAUCUUAUUCCCACUUGGCAUCUGCUACCACCGGCCAACUUCCUUCCGGACUCCAAUGAUUCGGAAUUGGCUGCAAUAAACACUGGUUCAGGAACAGAACUGGGGUCCGAUCCAGCUGGUGCAUUGAGAUCUGCAUCUCAACUUCCGUCAGCUGGGGCCACACGUGCCAUGAUUCGGCUUCGCCAGCUGAUAGAUCCAUCCAAAACUCCAUUCCAAACACGAGAUCCGUUUUCAUUACCAACAAAACGCCUAUGGUGCUAUUUGGUUCGUCAGCCAAACUUGGACGAUUUGUUCAUCCGCCACGUCUUCCGAGAACCACGUCCAAUUCAGUCCUUAAUUAUUCCAAAUCAAUCUGGUUUGGAUGGCGGUUUGCAUCCAUCAUCAGAUAUCGGUGAUGUGCGACAAGCGACAGAACCUUAUGGAUCGAUGGUCCCGAAAUCAGUGCAUGGAACUUCGGCGACCAACCUACCAACACUCGGUACUGCGGUGGAUGAAACACACAAAAUGUCCACCGGUAGGGCCAUACGUUUUCAAGCGACUGAUAAACAAAGCGCUAUCGCCCCCGGCAAAUCACAGUCGCUGUUAUAUGACGACGCCAUCCGCCUGGUGCAUAAAGAACAGGAUCCGUUAAUCGCAAUGUGUGUUAAUCAGGUCAACCAUAGUUGCAUCGCGAUUGCCACUCCGAAAGAAGUCAUUGAGCUUAAUGUGGAUAAUUUGGUCACGCUGCCCGCAUGGUAUGCGGAUGAAGUGGAGUAUGACUUGGAAUUAAUGCGCAGACCUCAGUCUCGUGUUUACCCUGAGGGUGGGACGGAUGAUUUCAUUGUGAUCGAUUCUAACCUGGACGUUGCUUCGGGAACCCACGGGGCGCCAAGUUCCUCUGUAUCACAAUCAUUAGCUGGUGCUAAUGUGGGUUCCGGUUCAUCUGGAGCGCAUGUGAUGUUAAAACGUACACUACAGGCUGUCUACUGUCUGGCUUCUCAUCCCACACUUCCAUACUAUCUUUGCGGUACCGGAACUGGGUCUCUCCAUCUGUUCGAAUGGGCCACAGCCAUACCGGUCGUUGCCGGUUUCACGAACACUUACGCCCUGACGGCUGCGGGAGCCUCAGGUCAAUACCCAGCUGGUUCACGAGGGGCACGCGUGACCGCCUUGUAUUUCGAUCGAAGUGGGCGACGAUUUGGAUGUGGUGACGCUGAUGGUAACUUUGGUCUGUGGAAUAUGCAAGCAGCUUCCGCUGAGAAACCCCCCUAUUUUCGCUGUCACUGUCAUGCUAAGAGCUUGGCAGACUUCUGUUUUGUGGGCAGCAGUACUUUGAUUGCCACCGCGGGUAACGGUGGAGGUUCCUCGGGUGAUACCGGUUCAUCCAGUCACUUGAUUGCCGGUGUAAACGUAUCCAGUGGUCCAGCAACUACAGUUGCAUCUGGAUCCACCGGAUUGUACCGCUUUGGUGCAGAUUCAACCAGCUCAGUCGGUAUGAGUGCGACCAGUUCGUUUGGUUUGGAGCAGAAUGCUGCUAAUCUGGCUCUGUGGGACACUUUGCUGCCACCGAAUCGAUGUGGUGUUAUUCGAUGGUCACCAACCGAGCCAUCUUUUGCUCGCAUGCCCUGGAUGUCUACGGGUAGUCCAGUAGUGGUCGCCCCGCGAGAUCGUAUGGUCGUUGUUGGGACAAAGCGAGGCGAUGUCUGCUUUGUGGAUUUACGCAAGCCCAGUGUUCUGCACAGUUUUAACGCUCACGAGUCAUCCGCGGUUCGAACAUUAUGUGUGGACCAGGCAUCCGAUUGCCUAAUCACAGGCGGUGCAGAUGGAAUCGUUAAGAUUUGGCGUUUAUCUGAACCGGAACUGAUUGCCAGUUUUAGUGGUAACAUACACCAUCAGGGCCGUGGUGCAGCCGCUGCGGUGGCUGCCGCGGCGUUGUUUCGCGGGAAUCAAUCUGCUGCUAUUAUUGCUGCCACACAUCCGGGUGUCUCUCAAAUUCGUCUACUGCCCGUCGUAACUGGUGCCUCAUUAUUGCAUCAAGGAAAGCCCGCAGUUCCUCUCGGUUCCGAGCUCGCUCCUGACGGUUUGAGUUGUGCCCAGCAUGAAAGUGAAAAGCAUUCACUACUGUCCGCCUGCAAUGCCUGUCGGUUUUUGAGCUGCGGUGCCGAUGGAGGCCUGCGCAUGCGAUCAUUUGUCGUGCGACCGAAGCCGUUCACGGUCGCUUAG